UGUGCGUGAGUUCCCGGGGCAGCGUGGGGUUUGCAGAGUCCCUUGGGUCGCGAGCCUGGUCUUUCCGCCCCGCCAUGGCCCUGGAGCUUUACUUGGACCUGCUGUCCCAGCCCUGCCGCGCCAUCUACAUCUUUGCCAAGAAGAACCGCAUUCCUUUCGAGUUGCGCACGGUGGAGCUGCUCAAAGGCCAGCACCUCAGUGAUGCCUUUGCCCAGGUGAACCCCCUGAAGAAGGUACCUGCUUUGAAGGAUGGGGACUUCACCUUGACCGAGAGUGUGGCUAUCCUGCUCUACCUGACCCGCAAGUAUAAAGUGCCCGACCACUGGUACCCCCAGGACCUACAGGCCUGCGCCCGUGUGGAUGAGUACCUGGCAUGGCAGCACACGGCCUUGCGGAGAAGCUGUCUCCGGGCCCUGUGGCAUAAGGUGAUGCUCCCUGUUUUCCUGGGUGAGCCAGUGUCUCCUGAGAUGCUGGCGACGACCCUCGCUGAGUUGGAUGUGUCCCUGGAGUUGCUUGAGGGCAAGUUCCUCCAGAACAAGGCCUUUCUCACUGGGCCCCAAGUCUCCCUGGCUGAUCUGGUGGCCAUCACAGAGUUGAUGCAUCCUGUGGGUGCUGGCUGCCGAGUAUUCGAAGGUAGACCCAAGCUGGCUGCAUGGCGCCAGCGUGUGGAGGCAGCAGUGGGAGAGGCUCUCUUCCGGGAGGCCCAUGAGGUCAUCCUGAAGGCCAAGGACUCUCCACCUGCAGACCCCACCAUAAAGCAGAAGCUGAUGCCUGGGGUGCUGGCCAUGAUCCAGUGAGCCAGGAAGCCUGUGCCUGCUCUGCCCUGCACGGUUCACAAAGCAUCUUCAUUCCCAAUGUCCCAUAGGAGGCUGGCUCAGAGGGCAGGAGUGACUUGCCUGAGCCCCAUUGUCCCUCUCCUCCCCAGAUUGGGUCCCUACACCCACACCAUCUGAAAGCCACAGUGAGAAUGGAACACCCAGCUCUUAUCUUCUUUAAUCACUGCCUUUGGUUAUCAGUUUAGGAAAUAAACUGGGCUCAGCCUGAGCCUGUGCUUCUAA